ACUGGACUAAGCUGCAAAGUUCAGUUUCUCAAAUUAUUAUAUUUUUAAACAGUUAAAUUGAGAAUAUAAUUCAGAUUUCAAUGUGGUACUGGUAUUUAGUAUUUAAUUUAUUGUAAAUUAUUUACAAUUAACACAAGUUUAACUUAUAUAAAUUUAAUUAAUCCAGAAGAUGCCUGUCAGUUAUUCCUUUGGGUGAUUAGAGGUUAUCCAAAAACUAAAAACAAAAACAUAAGUCAUAAUCGUCAUAAUAUUAUGCCAAAAAUUUAAAAUAGUCUUUCGAGGAGAAAUUCUUUAUAAAAAACAUUGUAUCUUUCUUUAUAUUUCUGGUGAUAUUUAUGAAAAACACACCAGCAAUAUGUUUGCUAUAUCGAGGAGAUCAAUAGCUGCUUUAACACAAAUCAGAUCAAAGACAGACAAGGCCGUUUUGGACGAAAUCAUUCGAGUAGAUCAUGCUGGAGAAUUGGGAGCAGAUCGUAUUUAUGCAGGCCAGAUGUUCAUUCUAGGCAGCACUUCAAAAGCACCUUUGAUAAGACAUAUGUGGGAACAAGAAAAACAUCACAAAGCUACAUUCGAAGAUCUAAUUAGAAAAAAACGUGUUAGACCUACAGUAAUGACUCCUAUUUGGAAUGUUGCAGGCUUCGCCUUAGGAGCAGGAUCAGCAUUGCUUGGAGACAAAGCAGCUAUGGCGUGUACUGUGGCUGUCGAAACAGUAAUUGUAGAUCAUUAUAAUGACCAACUGAGAACUCUGUUGGAAGAUCCAGAGUGUGAUAAAGAGCUUGUAGAAACUAUUAAGAAGUUUAGAGACGAGGAACAAGAACAUCAUGACCAUGGCAUUGAUCAGGGAGCAAAGCAGACUCCUUUUUAUGAAGCGUUUACUAAUGUCAUUAAAGCUGGAUGCAAAGCAGCUAUAGCAAUAUCGAAAGUAGUUUAACUUGUGUUUAUGUACAUAUUAUGUAGUUGAUUGUGAAAUAUAUGUUGUUAAAUUUGUAAAGUAUUGACAGUAUUAUAUAUUUUUGGAUAUAAAGUUAGUCCCACUAUGUGUACAGAAAAUCUAAUAAAAUAGAAUAAAUUUAAAUACAGAUAAA